AUGCACUGGGAUUGGCUGCCCCGAAGGAAAAGCGGAGAUUUCGUUUGGGAAUACGACGAAGAGAUUCCAAUUUGUACGCCAAAAUCUUCACUCGCCGAUUUCGACAACGUCACCAUGCAGUGCAUCCAUCGAGGCUGCUACAACUUCCCUGGGCACCACAUGUGUCGUGGGGCAAAUAACACCCCGAGUUAUUGUGUACCGUACGAAAGACUGACGAUGGUAACUAAUGGCGACGAAUGCACUCUGGAACCUGAACAUUCUACUUGUCCGUUUACGGCGCUAAAUUGCGGGCGACACGAGCCGAUUUGUGUGGAGAUGGAGACGAUCAAUAAUCGAGACGGGCUGCUGAUUGAUUAUGAUGGCGAGAACAGGAUUUGUACGCUAAAAGAUUGCCCACCCGACCACCAUCCGUGUAUGAUGGCUGAGAAGGGGAAUAAGAUGAUCUGUAUCCCGUAUUUCCACAUCCAAAGGGUUGCCGACAACAAUCGAUGUCAUAUGGUCAAUCCAUCACAAUUGGCUGAAUUGGCCUACUCGCCGAAGGACUGUGACAAUGUGGUGGAUGCGGUGGCCUGUUGGUCCCCCACUGGCCAUCAUACAUGCAUCGCAUACGAUCGACCCACGAAGAUUGAGUACAACCCGAAAACCAAGCGCACCACAUGCUCAUUUCAGAAAUGCCCUCGGGUGGGCGAGAUUCUGUGCAGCUCGGAGUGUUACUCGAUCGACGACGUGAAGAUGGUCAAGACGGAUGGGGCAUGUGAAUUACGCCAUCUCCGCCAAGGUGCCAUCGUGGUGAUCGUCUCGUGCUCCCUGAUUGCCCUCGUCGUCGUCGUGGCCAUCAUUGCCAUUGCAAUCCGCUGCUAUAUGACGCGCCAUCAACCAUCCCCUCCACCGCCUCCGAGACGUUCACCAACCACGGCUCGGCUUCUGCCGGAUAGCGACAGCGACGAGGCGCGCCAGGUCCCCUUCAAACCGACGAAAAACCCGGCGGCCAAUAAUAUCAAGCCACAAGUC